AGUUUCCCACUUUAGAGUUUUUCAGAAACCAAACGCGAAGGCGAAGUGCGUUGGCUGCUCUCAGGUGCUUCUGCAAGAUGAGCUUGCUCAUAAACCAAUGUGUGAGUCGGUGGAUUGCCGUCGACGAGAAACUCAAUCGAGGGAAGCGAAAGGUCGACCUCAAAUUGAGUGGAGGUUCAUCUGGAGAUGAGCGUGCUCGCUGCCGCAACGUUGUGUUGAUGUUGAAGAAUGCCUGA